AUGCUGUCGCACUUCAGAUCCCAGCUCAUCGCCACCGCAGGCGCCUACAACCGUGGAGUGGACGAUAUCCGUGCGAUGGAGUUCCCUAUGCUCAAAGACUCUGUCUACCUCGACCAUGCCGGCACCACGCUUUACCCUAAAUCCCUGAUCGAUCGCUUCUCCGCUGACAUGAUCGGCAACCUGUACGGAAACCCGCACUCGGCGUCCAGCGCAUCCCAGCUGUCGGCGCGGCGCAUAGAGGAUGCCCGUCUGCGCCUGCUGCACAUGUUCCACGCCGAUCCGGAAGACUUCGACGUCAUUUUCGUGGCAAACGCCACUGCAGGCGUCAAGCUUGUGCUGGAGGCGUUUCGUGACCAACCCAGAGGCUUCUCUUACGCCUACCACCGAGAAUGCCAUACGAGUCUACUUGGGGUGCGGGAGCUGGCCAGCCAACACCGCUGUUUCUCCUCAGACGACGAGGUGGAGCAGUGGCUGACGCACAAGCCCCAGCAGGACAUCUCGCCCGACGCCCCCGUGGAGCUUUUUGCCUACCCCGCACAGUCGAACAUGAACGGACGCCGUCUACCUCUGGAUUGGUGCGCUAGAGCACGAGUCGCUCAACUGAGCGUGAAGCAGGCCACAUACAGCCUCCUGGAUGCGGCUGCGUUUGUUUCGACUUCACCGCUAGACUUUCGCGAGUCUGAGAUGGCCCCGGAUUUCACGGUCCUAAGUCUGUACAAGGUGUUCGGCUUCCCGGAUCUCGGAGCGAUGAUCGUCCGCAAGACGGCCGCCGCCAUCUUCGAAAAGAGGCGGUAUUUCGGCGGCGGGACGGUGGACAUGGUAGUUUGUUUGAAGGAACAGUGGCACGCCAAAAAAGAAGAAUCACUGCAUGAUCAUCUCGAAGAUGGAACCCUGCCCAUCCACAGCAUCAUGGCGCUCCACUCGGCCAUGGAUGUGCACCAGAAGCUGUUCGGGAGCCUGGAGCGCGUCUCGCGUCACGCCAUGUUCCUUGCAAAAAGACUUUUCGACGGGCUGUCAUCCCUCCGGCAUGGGAACGGCUUGCCCGUGUGUCAGAUAUACGCCGAUGCGUCGAAUGCCUACAGCGAUUCCAAAAAACAGGGUCCAAUCGUUGCUUUCAACAUUCGCAACAGCCAGGGAGCAUGGGCCAGUAACUUCGAAGUCGAGCGGUUAGCAUCCAUCAAGAACAUCCAAUUGAGGACAGGAGGCCUCUGUAACCCAGGCGGCAUAGCCGCAGCGUUGGAUUUGUCGCCGUGGGAGAUGAAGGAGAACUUCUCGGCUGGGCAGCGCUGUGGAAAUGAAAACGACGUUAUGGGCGGCAAGCCGACAGGCAUGAUCCGCGUGAGCGUGGGAGCGCCGAGCACCACGACGGACGUCGACAGAUUUUUGGAGUUUGUGCGGGAAUUCUUUGUGGAAACGACAGACGUUGAGGCGCCAUUGGCCGAGUCAGGGGCAAGAAGGGCAGACAGCAGGUUCUACGUGGAAAGCCUGGCCAUCUAUCCGAUCAAGAGCUGUGCCGGGUGGAAGAUACCGGCAGGCAAGGCUUGGGAGGUGCGCAAGGAAGGGCUUGCUUGGGAUCGCGAAUGGUGCCUGGUGCACCGGGGCAGCGGGGCAGCGUUGAGCCAGAAGAAGUACCCACGCAUGGCCUUGAUUCGACCGAGCAUCGAUUUGGAGCAGGGAUGCCUCCGUGUGCGAAGUGCGUCAUCGGACACGGCUUCAGAGAUCUGCAUCCCACUCUCCGCAGAUCCUUCGUAUUUUGCCGGGCCCAACGGACACAAGUCGGCGAUCUCAACACGUGUGUGCGGAGACGUGGUAGCCGCGCAGCGCUACGCAUCGAGCAGGGUUUCUGACUUCUUCAGCCAGGCGUUGGGGGUUGAUUGCACGCUGGCGCGAUUCCCAGCCGCCGGUGGCACAGGCGCUUCGACGAGGCACGCGAAGGCGCACCUCCAGCAGACGAUGCCAGGCGCGUUCCCCGACGCGGCGCGGCCAAUCCUGCUGUCGAACGAGAGCCCGAUCCUGGUCAUCUCGCGCUCCAGCGUUAACCGGCUCAACGAGCAGAUCAAGGCGGGCGGCGGCAAGGCAGCCGAGGCCGAGGUGUUCAGGGCCAACGUGGUGAUAGCAGAGCGGCUGCACAGCCGGCCCGGCGGCGAGCAGCCUUACGCGGAGGACUCAUGGCAGGGGAUUGCGGUGGGGCAGCAGCGGUUCCAGCUGCUUGGGGCUUGCCGGCGGUGCCAGAUGGUGUGCAUCGACCAGCAGGCGGGGACGAAGAACGAGGAGCCGUUCGUGACGCUGGCAAAGACGCGGCGGCGGGAGGGCAAGGUGUACUUUGGGCAGCACGCGUGCCAUGUUCCGUGGCAGGCGGAGGGGUCGGUGCUGGCGCAGCAUCCCACCAUCUCCGUCGGCGACGCAGUGGUGCCGGAGUGA